GUGGAGCUUCCGGUCUUGCUUCCUGUUUUGGCUUUAGACGGAAAUGAACUAGGGGCUGUUAUAUGCGGUCUUUUUAUGCUUGUUUGCACAAUCUUCGUCUGUUUUUCGUGUCAUUUAGGAUAAUAUAAGCAGAUUAGAAAUGUCGGAAACUGGGAAUCGACUCCGUAAACUUCUGGAAUCGCCUAAUUUCGACCCGCAGAGCUACGUGAAGCAGCUCUCCCAGCAGUCCGAUGGCGACCGAGAUUUGCAGGAGCACCGCCAGAAGAUCCAGAAUCUGGCGGACGAAACGGCUCAAAACCUGAAGAAAAACGUGUAUAAGAACUACAGACAGUUUAUAGAGACCGCCAAGGAGAUCUCCUAUUUGGAAAGCGAGAUGUAUCAAUUGAGUCACAUCCUCACCGAGCAAAAGAGCAUCAUGGAAAGCAUCACCCAGGCCUUGCUAAGUGCUGAUAAGGAUGAAACGUCUAAAGAAAUGCAGGCAGCUUUCCCCAAAGAAACGGAGGAGAUCAAGCAGAGGACGCUCACCUCGCUGUUGGAGAAAGUAGAGGGUGCUAAGAACAUUAUGGACACACCAGGCAGGCAUCUGAUUUACAAUGGAGACUUGGCUGAGUUUGACGUAGAUAAUAUGUCCCCAAUACAGAGAGUGCAUGCUUUCCUUAUGAAUGAUUGCUUACUUAUUGCCACAUGGCUUCCAAAUCGCAGAGGUGCUAUAAAGUAUAAAUAUAAUGCACUGUACGACUUGGAGAGCUUCGCUGUGGUCAAUGUGAAAGACAACCCUCCAAUGAAAGAUAUGUUCAAGAUUCUAAUGUUCCCCGACAGUCGUAUCUUCCAAGCAGAAAACAGCAAGAUUAAAAAGGAAUGGCUUGAGAUUUUGGAUGAAACGAAGAAGAAUAAAGUGUCAAAAGAUAAGAAUAAACAGGAGGAGGUGGUCCCUACUUCUCCGGUGAGAGCAGAGGUGUCCACCAACCCUUUUGACGUGGAAGAAGAUGAACCAACCGAUGUAGAAGAAAACGUGAAUUUGAAUUUGGAGUGGAUACAGGAGCUGCCUGAGGACUUAGAUGUGUGCAUUGCUCAGAGGGAUUUUGAGGGUGCUGUGGAUCUUCUGGACAAGCUCAAUGAGUAUCUGAAAGAUCAGCCGGUGACUCCAAAAGUGAAAGAACUCAGGGCCAAAGUGGAGGAGCGGGUGCGCCAGCUGACUGAGGUGCUGGUGUUUGAGCUGUCCCCAGACCGGUCACUGCGAGGAGGGCCUAAAGCCACAAGACGUGCCGUGUCCCAGCUCAUCAGGCUAGGCCAGUCCACCAAAGCAUGUGAGCUGUUCCUGAAGAAUCGUGCUGCUGCAGUCCAGACGGCCAUUAGACAGCUCAGAAUUGAAGGAGCCACUCUGCUGUACAUUCACAAACUCUGCAACAUCUUCUUCACCAGUUUAUUAGAGACGGCCAAAGAGUUUGAGAUGGACUUUGCGGGGAACACAGGCUGUUACUCAGCCUUUGUUGUCUGGUCCGGAUCUGCCAUAAAAAUGUUUGUGAAUGCCUUCAGUAAACAGGUAUUUGACAGUAAGGAGAGUCUAUCCACUGCAGCCGAGUGUGUUAAAGUGGCCAAGGAGCACUGCCAGCAGCUAACGGAGAUCGGGCUGGACCUGACCUUCACUUUGCAGUCCCUCUUGGUUAAAGACAUUAAAGCAGCCCUCCAGAGCUACAAAGACAUCAUCAUUGAAGCCACCAAGCAUAGGAACUCUGAGGAGAUGUGGAGGAGGAUGAAUCUCAUGACACCUGAGGCACUGUCCAAACUAAAGGAUGAGAUGCGCAGUUGUGGCAUCAGCAGCUUCGACCAGUACACGGGGGAGGACUGCUGGGUGAACCUGAGCUACACUAUGGUCGCCUUCACCAAACAGAUGAUGAGCUUCUUGGAGGAAGGUCUCAAACUGUACUUCCCUGAACUCCACAUGGUUUUAUUGGAGAGCCUAAGGGAGAUUAUCCUGGUGGCGGUGCAGCACGUGGACUAUAGUCUCCGCUGCGAACAGGAUCCCGAGAAGAAGAGUUUCGUCAUCCAAAAUGCCACGUUCCUUCACGACACGGUACUGCCAGUGGUGGAGUUCAGGUUUGAGGAGAGUGUGGGCAAACCGGCCAAACAACUGCACGACCUGAGGAAGAGCUCCAGGCCUGUCCGGAUCAACCCUGAGAGCACAACAUCUCUGGUCUGAACAAGGUUCACUCUAACAACAGACUGUAAUAAUUAAAGGGUCUGUACCUGAUGUUUUUUCCAUAUAGUUGAGCAAAGUUUUUCUUGCCCCAUUUGUAUAUUGUAUAAGCAGCUCUUGAGGUCUAAUUAUAAAGCAUUGUAUUGUCCGAGAAUCAGGAAAUGCGCAAUUAGCAUGCAACAACUCCCGUUGUGAAAAGUGCUUAUAAACUUGUUGUGGUGAAUAAUUAGGAUCCUUUAGAUGCAUAAGGAAAGUGAGGAAUAACUUUGGACCACUGCAAACUAUUUGAAAUGAACUGAUUAUGUUUUUAAGUUAUAAAAUCAGGUACAGUGCCUUUAAUGCGUUGGUUUGCAACUCUUUGUCCUAGUUAAUUAUUGCUACAAAAAUGCAAAUUUUUUACACUAUUGUAUGUUGUCAUUACGUUUGAUUUAGACAUACACUAAACAGUUUACAGUCUGCCUACAGUUGUUUUUAAACCUGUUGCGAAUUAACUUCAUUACUGACUGUAAUAUAUGAUUGUAAUUUAGUUUUUAUUUCUAUUGCACACAGUUUGCACUGAAAAUCAUCAGAUAUUUAAACACAGGGCACAAAUACACCCAAAUUGAUAAUUUGUCAUUGUGCAAUAGGUUUUAAUGUUCUACUGAUGAACAAAGCCUGGGUUUGAAGACAUUGGGUAAUGGUUGUACGACCAAGCAGAGACAUUUGCCCGCAAAGUUAAUGCCUCAAAGUCUGGAGUUACAAUAUUCACUCUAUAAUGUCAAAUCGGGACUAAAAAGGGAUGACUGAAGCUUGAGCACUGUUUUAAAUCUUGUAGGAAUGAAUGGUCAAAUAAAAAUAACUGGAACAGAA